AUUAUAAAGAUUUAAUAGAAAGGCUGCUUUGGUAGAGAGAUUAAAAACAAAUGACGCAUAGCCUGUAUGCUAGCAAAUACUACAGGAGCAAAAAAUAGUUGUGAAUACUCAUUCUUUAGGUUUCUAUUUUAUGUAAGUUGGUGUUUACCUUUUGAUUAGGCUGCUCUGGACUUUCUACUUUUGUUUUCUUUAAAGCAUUAAGGGCAUUUAGGAAAAAAAGUAAUAGCUAUCUUAGUGGAUAAUAUGCAAAGUGUUUAAAUGCUCAUAAACACUAAGCAGUUACUAUUUAGUAACAAGUAUGUUGCUAGUGUAGCAUGAGUUCUAUAGAAAAAUACAAUUUAACUAUUUUGGGCUUUGUUUUGAAGCUUCUAGUCUUGGUUCAAGGUGUAAUUCUACUCUAAUACUAUUCUACUCUUUCACAGCUCUUGGCUAUUCUGGAAUGUAAAUGCUAUUUCUUUAGCAUCUAUUUUGGCUUCUUUGAGAGUCUUUACAAUUUUGCCUAUCUUUCUUCCUGCUUUUGGUUGUCUUUAUUUUUUUUUUCCAUAGAAGACCUCACAGAGUAAGACUUCAUUGCCUGCUUUUCCAUGCAGCAGGCAGAAGUAGAUGCCAUGUUGGUUUCUUCCUGUGCUGCCAAUAAGAAACUUAGGAGAGAGGAGAUUGGAAGUUUUUUGUCCACUGCAAUGCAUUUUUUCUCUUGAGGAAAUGAAGGGUAGAGCUAUCAGUCCCUUCUUCAAAUUUGUUUUUACAAACAGAAGGGUUGGAAUGGUGACUGGGAAGGACUCUUCCAAGUGACUAAAUAAUUCAUAGAUAGGUAAACACAACAAGGCACUGCAGCUGUGUGGGUUGGGUUUAUUGAGGUUUUCUGUUUGUUUAGUUACUUUUUGAACAUGUGUAUUCCAUUUUUAAAUGAGUGCUUAAAGUUAACUCAAAUUCAAUGAAAGCUAGCAGUGGACAGACAGGUAGAUUUAUUAAACAGUAACAUUGUGUAUUUAUUUUGCUUAAUCAAGGUGUGCCAUCUGAAAUUUGUUUCUUUGUAAAGGGAAAAUCAGAAUUUAAAUAAUGUUAAUAAUGCAUAGGCAUAGUAACUGCCAAAGAAGACGUUUGGCAACUUUACAGAAAAAGAAAUGUAUGCAUUUCCUCAUUGCUUACUGAGAGUUCUUUCCUGUAUUCAUGAUGUGGUUGUAACAAUUGGGAAUUUUGAUAAAAGCUUGUUUUUUUAAUAGAAAAUGUCUAGCUCAUGUUACUACAUGAGGAACAGGCCUGUAAAUGAGAGAUGUACAAAACAUCUUAGACCCUUUAACUUGAAAUAUUUCUCGUCUGACUACUUUGCUUGUAAAAUAAAAAUUAAUGUGCCUUUGAAGAACUGUAUUUCCCUUUUUCUCAGUUGUAUGUAUCAAGUUUGGUUCUGUUAAUAUAUAAUUAAUGAAGAAAAAUGAGACUUGCUGAAGAAGAUUAGGAGCAUGUUGUAGUAAGAUUUCAGACGUGGAUAGAUCUAUGGGUGAGAGAAGGCAAUUGCCUUGAUCCUCUUGUUGGGGACAGACUGAUCUAAAUUGGAGAUUUUGACUGGUCUUUCAACAGGCAGCAGUUCAUGGAUUGUUUUUACUGACUGUCAGUGUAUUGAUUUCUAAAUUCAUUAACAGUGUUUCUAUAGUAAAAGAACGAAAGACUCUUAUAUGAAAAUAAAUGGAAGCUGCUGCCAAAACAGAAAGAAUAGGGAGUGAGACUAGCACUAAUUCUUUAGGGGUUGUUUUUCCCAUUUCACAUCCAUCUAAUGAGUAGUUUAUGAGACUUAGUUCCUGAGGUGAUGAGGUGCAGUGAAAGGUGGUGUGAACCUGUAAGAGCUUUGUAGUUUUUCAUAGGAAUUCUAUGAAAAUCUAAAUCUGUUUGAAUUCGGUGGUAUUUUCCAAUUGGAGCAGGCUGAGUUUUGGUGGGUGGCUUAAGAGCAGGCAAAGAUGGCAGUUUGGCUUUUUAUUUAUUGGGCCAGAUUUUUAUCCUAUCAUGCAGAUACUUCUCAUCUACUGGGGUCUGUCUCACUUCUGAGUUUGGGCAGAACAUGCUUCAGCUGCAGCUUCUCUCUCCUUUCCCAGAAAGCACAACGUGCUGUGCAUGUGUGGUGUGUUCCAGAACUCAAAGGUUGGUGGAUUCCUGUGGAUUCACAUUCAUGAUCUGUCUUUCAAACAUUGACUUAACUGGUCAGUCUGUCCCUCGUUGUCUUCAUCUCCUGUAGCCUCCCAGUGACCUUAUCUGGUCUGUAUGUAGAAUCUUUGGAUUCGUUCUGGUCAUUGGUUUUAAGAAAUGUGCAGAGACCUUGAUUUUUAUAUACUUGGGGAGUCUAUAAAAUGGAUUUGUGGAGCAACAAUCAAAUCUCCCAACCCCUGCUCUCUUUUUCCUUCUGCCAACUGCAAUGCUGAGAACCAGAUUUACUGGAGUCUGUGGUUUUCUGUAUCUUUAAGAGGUUUUUUUAAGAUUUCUUUGUUUUGAAAUGUUUGUCCUGUGCAGUGCAAAAGGAUUAUUUUUGUAACUGGAAGGGCUGGAAAUUUACAUAAGGAGAAGAAAAAAAAGCCUUACACAAACUCAACAAAGUCAAAUUCUAUGCUGGGAAUACCUGCUGUGUUCCUGUUAUAAACUCAGCUGUGAGCAGUUUUAAGAUCCCAUCUGUGGGAUGAGUUUCUUCUCUUUUACCCCUUCUUUUCCCUCUCUACAGUUCAAUAUGGUUUAGGUUUUUAGUUUCCCUUUCUAAUCAAUCUGUUGCAGAUAAAAAAGAAAAGCGGGGAGGAGAAAGAAAAGGUUGCUAGAAAUAAUUUCUUUGGAAAUUACAUAACCUCCCUUCACUGUAUUUAGGAACGUGUCUCUGCCUUUCAGGCAAAACCCACCACCUUCCUUUAAAGCAGCAGUCAAAGAGAUCUUGCACUGAGAUGUUGGAUUGUGACAUGUAGCAGCUGAGGCAUGGACACGUCUCCCUCUGUUUUCCCCUUCCACGAGCAGUGCCUGCAGCCAGAGAGGACGGAUGUGUCUGGGAAUGGCAUCAUCCCCAAGCACUGCAGCAAAGCUCCAGAUGGCCGGGGCGUGCAGUGAGUGCUUCGUGUGGAGCAUCUCCCAAGGAGACCUGAGACGGUCAAGAACAGGUCUAAGAAGAGCUCUAAGAAAGGAAAUAGCAGCAGCGGUAGCAACAGCAAAUUGCCUCCAGUUUGCUAUGAAAUUAUUACCUUGAAGACCAAAAAGAAGAAGAAGAUGGCUGCUGAUAUUUUUCCCCGAAAGAAACCAGCUAACACUAAUACCACUGCUGUCCAGCAGUACCAUCAGCAAAAUCUCAAUAACAACAACACUAUUCCUGCACCUAAUUGGCAAGGACUUUAUCCAACCAUCAGAGAGAGAAAUGCAGUGAUGUUCAACAAUGACUUGAUGGCAGAUGUUCAUUUUGUGGUCGGGCCACCAGGUGGGACCCAGCGGCUGCCAGGACACAAAUAUGUCCUGGCUGUUGGGAGCUCUGUAUUCCAUGCGAUGUUUUACGGAGAGCUGGCUGAGGACAAAGAUGAAAUCCGUAUACCAGAUGUUGAGCCUGCUGCUUUUCUUGCAAUGCUGAAGUACAUCUAUUGUGACGAGAUUGAUCUGGCUGCGGACACCGUCCUGGCCACUCUUUAUGCUGCCAAGAAGUACAUUGUCCCUCACCUGGCCCGCGCCUGCGUCAACUUCCUCGAGACAAGCCUGAGUGCAAAGAAUGCCUGUGUGCUGCUCUCCCAGAGCUGCUUGUUCGAGGAACCUGACCUGACCCAGCGCUGCUGGGAAGUGAUUGAUGCCCAAGCCGAGCUCGCUUUGAAGUCUGAGGGCUUCUGUGACAUUGAUUUUCAGACACUUGAAAGCAUUCUCCGAAGGGAGACUCUGAAUGCCAAAGAAAUUGUUGUUUUCGAGGCAGCUCUGAACUGGGCUGAAGUGGAGUGCCAGCGACAGGAGCUGACGGCCACCAUAGAGAACAAGCGCAAGGUGCUGGGCAAGGCUCUCUACCUGAUCCGCAUCCCCACCAUGGCCCUCGACGACUUCGCCAACGGCGCCGCCCAGUCCGGGAUCCUGACCCUCAACGAAACCAACGACAUCUUCCUGUGGUACACGGCCGCCAAAAAGCCGGAGCUGCAGUUUGUCAGCAAGCCCCGGAAGGGCCUGGUCCCGCAGCGCUGCCACCGCUUCCAGUCGUGCGCCUACCGCAGCAACCAGUGGCGCUACCGGGGCCGCUGCGACAGCAUCCAGUUCGCUGUCGACAAGAGAGUGUUCAUUGCUGGCUUCGGCCUCUACGGCUCCAGCUGCGGCUCGGCAGAGUACAGCGCCAAGAUUGAACUGAAGAGACAAGGAGUUAUCCUGGGCCAGAACUUGAGUAAAUACUUCUCGGAUGGGUCUAGUAACACUUUCCCCGUGUGGUUUGAAUACCCGGUGCAGAUUGAGCCUGACACCUUUUACACAGCGAGCGUGAUCCUGGAUGGCAACGAACUCAGCUAUUUUGGACAAGAAGGAAUGACAGAAGUUCAGUGUGGGAAGGUGACUGUGCAGUUUCAGUGCUCCUCGGACAGUACAAAUGGCACAGGGGUACAGGGAGGACAAAUUCCUGAACUCAUAUUUUACGCUUGAAUGGGAGUGUGUGGAUACAUUUUGCUCUGAAGAGCCUGUCUGGCUCAGGCCUACUGACACUUAGCUUUUUAUCUGCAGAUAUGUGAUCAGUACAGGGAAUAUGUAACUAAACUCUGUGGGCGAGUUCCUCGCUUGCUGUACUUGUAGCAUCGUUGGUGAUUAAGUGUAAUAUUUAAACUGGAAGCUCUUAGAAACAAGUGAGUUUUAAAGGCUUUGUAAGAGGGGUGCCUGUUUGCUGGUGAUGCUGACCCUUUCUUUGAUGCACUUGUGAAUCACCAGAGGACGUCUCCCUCUUGUAUCUCACUAAACACUGUCUUCGUUGAUCCAUUUUCUCUUUCUCCAUUUUCUGCUUUCUGCUUGUAUUGGGGAGGUAGGGAUAGAAAAUGAAGAGCCUUGUUUUAUAGCUCUGUCUGCUGUCUGCUCUGCAAACUUUAGAGAUUCCAGUAAACCAAGCUGCUGUUGACCGUGGGGGCUGAAACAAGUCCUUCAGUUAUAAGCAGAAAAAGCUCAAGUUUAACCCUUCAUCCUGUUAGAUUCUCCUGCAGCCAACUGUUUGGGAUGGCUCCAGGGGAAGAUGGGGAGAAGGAAGCAUCUUUCAGGAAGCUCCACGGCAUACUGACCACAUCCCUAGUGCAUGGAUGUGUUCACAGUGAGGAAGGGAUGUGGGCUUGGCAAAUUAACCUUGGGAGUUCAUUUUCUAGGAAUCUCACCUUGAAGGCAAGGAAGUACUUGCACGUGUUCAAAUUGUGUAUGCAGCUCUUGAAACUCUACUCCUGUGGCCCAGGUUUUGCUACAUUAGAGUUGAUCUGCUCUUUAAAUGCUAUUUCUUUGAACCCGUGCUAAAUAAAUGGGAAUCAUCUGAUGCAGGAUAAAUUUUUGUUUGCUUUGGGUAGGUUUUUUCUUCUUCCUAAACGUGGUAGAGGCAGAUUUUAGAGGAACAAAAGAAUGUAUCAGUCUUGAGUUGGGUUUUUUUCUGUUAUACAAGUUUUUUUUCCUUUUUAUUACCAGUUGAAAUUUAGACAAAGACAGAAGAUUCCCAGCUGGGAUCAUAUUACACUUAGUGUAUACCAUCAGAUAGCAGUGAGGGGGAGGAGGUCUCCUCUGAUGGGUUAUUGUUGGAGCUCUUGCAACUGCUUAUGGCUACACAUCAGUCAGAGGAUGAUGUGGUAAAGAACCCUUUCCUUGCCUGAGUUUUUUUCCCCAAAACUUCCUAUUGCAUGUCUGUAUCAUUGUUGCAAAAGUAUGAGGGAUACUCCUUGUAUCAGGGAAGGAAACCAGUGUAAGUGAGAACUACAGGUACUAUUGAAACGUGAGAAAAUCCUUCAUGACUGCACUGGGACAAUUGUUCCUCAAAGGCUGCACUGCCCAUUGUAGAGCAUCUCAUUCUUGCUUCACCUCCGAAGUGGGUUCAGUUUGUUGCGUACCUUUUAACAAAAUGAGAGGACCAAAUGAUUCUUUAGACUGGCUGAAGAUUAAUGUUACAGUGUAUUAACACAUUAGUGUAGCAUAACCCUAAAUUCACUUGUCACUUCUGUAAUAAAAAUGUUUUUCUCAUAUGAUUUCUUACCAGUUUAAUACUGUUACUCUAAGUGAUGCUUGAUGGUUGGAAUCCUGGCCCCUGGCCAUCGGAAAUUGCCAAAAUACAUCUUUGCAGUGUCCAAAAUACCACCUGAAGUAAGGAAAACUGGAGUGUAGUCAUCAAACAAUUCAUGGCCAAAACCCAAAUCUUCUCUCUAGGUAAUAAAAAGAGAUCCAGGUAGAAAAGUACCCUGCAGGAUUUAUGCCUUUUAUCCAUCUUAGCGUUUAAUGUUUUGUAUACAUGCAUACAUGUGUGUGUAAGCAGCACUCUUUCUGAAAUGUAAAUACCCUCAAAAUACAUAGAAAAAUGUUUUGUUUUUUGUAACAGAUGUACAUAAUCCAGACUGUUCGUGAAAUCUAAACAGAAUGCUCCAUGGAAAACUCCCAGGGAGAGAUUUAAAAAAACCUGCAGUUAUUUAUAUUUGGAUCUGCAGCUGAAAAUAGACAAGAGUAUAAAUGGAGUGGAGAAAGAGUUGCUGAAGGAUCAUAAAAAGGAAUCUGAGAUUGUGAUGAGGUAACGGUCACUUACUUAUAGACAACAUCUAAGCAGCAGUUCCAUUUAUUUAGAUACAUUUCAAAGCAGAGAAAGAUGCUAAUCAGCUGAUUAAGUUUUCAUACAGCAAGUGGCUGAUGCAGAUGUAAUUACUCCAAGUGAUGAGCAGAUUGACAGGUUGUUUGUGGCAGCGAGCUGCAUUCUGAUUUGUUUGGUAAAAAAAACAUGUGCCACAGCUGGUGGGACAAGUCAGAGAGUACUGCAUUGGUUUAACCAGUCUGGGGCUCUCACUUUUAAUUUAUUAUUUUUUUUUACUUACCUGCAAAUAAAGGUGAUUUAUCUGCUGCAUUCACUGGCUGGAAGAGUUGUUCAGAGAUCAGAACACUCUGUAGAUGUAAUAUGUAGAAAAUGAGCUGUUACUUAGUUAUUGUUCUUAUUUGAUUCUUUUGUGAAGCCUUUUUGACGAAGUAGGAUGAAAGCAAUCUCUAGCUUAAUUCCUCUGAGUCCAUUCCAGGUUUUAGGAGCUGGUGCAGGGAAAGGUUUCCAGUGCAGGUGAUCAAACAGAGGCACCCAAAACACCUUUUGAUGCUCACAGCACAACUUGCUUCUGAGCACUUCGUGAUGCUAACGAGUACCAGGAUGUAAGAAUGUGACCAGUGCCACUCACCUUGGGACAUCAGGGCACUUCAGUAGAUGUCUGAAUGUGGAUUUGGUUGGUUUAGCAGCAGCACCCAAACCUGAAUACAUUGAUUGACGUUUUGCAAGCAUCAGCCAUUUCAGCCUGGAAUGUAAACAUAAUGUCGAUAGAGAUCACCUCGCAGAUUCUGUCUAAACUGUUCCUGGCUGUCUCUGCUACUUGUACCGUUGAUUUGCUGGUGAGAGGAAUCUGUGAUAAGAGAGUAUAAUGUAAUAUACUUUCUGCAUAUCUAAAAUAGUAUUUAAGCAAACAUUUUAAUUUCUACACACUUAUUGCACUGAACUGUUUUGGGUUUUGGUUUUUUGGUUUUUUUUUUUUGUUGUGAUAAACUCGGCUCACUUCAGGUCCCAGCACCCAUUUGUGCUGAAGCAGUGUUUGACCUUAGCAGGCUUACAGCAUUAUUUAUAAAGGACAGAUAUAUAUAAAUAUAUGAAGUACCUCAUGUUGAAUGUUAUUGUACUGUAUCUUUAAUGUCACAGUGCAGAUCUUGUUGGACUCAUGAAUGUGUAUAAUCACGUUAAACAUAAAAAUAAAAAUGAUUCUUAAA